CAUUGAUCAAGGCAGUUUACUUUACAAAGGAAUUUUCAGAAUCUAUAAAAAACAAACAAAAUAUGACUAUAUUCGGUAGAAUGUUCUCGAAGGUUGUUGACCGGUGGUUUUCCGGUUCCGGUUCAGUUGCAUAUUAUCGUUUCAUUGACUGCGAGAAUCAUUCGUUCAUUGCUUUGUACAAGCAUUACGACAAAUAAUUGUAAUCUAAGGAUGAAUAUGCCAGGUACCUAUUUGGUGUUUAGCAGCAUGAUCUAUGCUAUCACAGCAACAAACAAUAUUCAAAGCCUGCCUACGAACUAUGUUACUGGUAUAGAAGGAAAAAAUAUAUCAAUAUUCACCCUCGUAAACCCUACUGGACAUAUCAUACUUCAGAAAGAUGGACAAAUUAUUAAAAUCGGUGGACGCAUCAAAAUGAUAGAAGAGGAACAUGGAACGUUGUUAGUAGUUUCAAUAGAUUCUGUUCAGUGCUCAGAUAAUGGAAGCUAUUUGAUUACGUAUGGUGAUAACUUAUCCCAGAAAACAGUUCUCAACAUCAUUCAAAUUUCCUCCAAGCAAAAAAUAGAAAUAAAAGUAAACGAAACACAACUUGAAAUACACUGUACUUCACAGAAGACCUGUUCGUUUCAAAAGCUCUCAAUCUAUAAUGAGAAAUUUGUUACCCAUGAAAAUGCGACCCAGGUUAGUGUUAUUAUGACAGUUCCCACUACAGAUGACAUGACGAACAAGAGUUACGCUUGUGUUGAGGAAGGAGAUCAAUAUAAAACUGCUACAACCAUAACUGGCCAGGAGAUAACCAAAUGCCUACAAGAAAAAGGUUAUAGAAACAUCCCACCUGUAAAUCCCACAGAAGGACGUAACAAUGACAAUGAAAAUGAAAUUAGUUGUGGAAGCAUCCCAACUGUAAACCCCACAGAAGUACCUAACAAUGGAAGUAAAGGUCAAGAUGGACAUAGUUCCAACUUGAAAUUUAUAUUAGUAUUUGGACUUCUCCGUUUGUUUUUUAAAUAAAAACUAUGCAGGAAAACUCUUACCAUUACAUGACAUUAGUACAUACUGGUCUACACAAUUAAUUACUACAAUUGCAUGCAUGAAUAAUUGUAGUUGCAUAAUCCAAAUGGAAAUGUUUUCUGUAGGUUUGGUCAAUUUACAUCAGUUUCAUUAAUAUUAUAAUUAAAAUAGUAUAUGCAACGAUCAGCACGGUACAUAAAUUCUGUUUAUAUAAACAAUAUGCUUACAGUAUGUAGUUGCAUUUACGCUGAUAUAUUUUUAAGGAUAUUUAAAAGCUUGCUACUGUACCAAAAGUAUAUGUACAGUAUAUUCUUUUAAUAUUUAUAUUUGAACAGAAAUAUUGUAUCAUCAAUGUUUCAAUUGACAUUUGAAGGAUAUUUCAGAUUAAGUUUAACCACCAAAUGUGGUCAGACCGAGAACUACUUACAUAUUUGAGUUACAUUAAUGGUGCAUAUUUAAAAUACAUUUAAAUUAAGUUGUAUUAAUAGCUUAAUACAAUGUUCAAGAAUAUAUAAUAGUAUUUGCACAAUAUAAAUCUAUACAAUAUUUUAGAAAUGUAAAAAGUAAUGUUUUUAAAUGAAUUUAUGCAGUAACUCUUUGCCAUUAAAUGAAAUUAGUACAGAAAAAGUACAUCGGUUCCAAGCAUACCAAAUUGACUAUUACAAUUGUAUUGCUGAAUAGUUAUAGUUGCAUAAUCCAUUUGUUGUCAAAUGUACACGUUUUCUGUAGGUUUGGUCAUUUAAAUUUUGUUUACAAAUAAUAUGUUUACAUUGUUGCAUUCACACUGGUAUAUUUUUUUUAUAAGUGCUAAAAUAUUAGUAUAAUUAAUUAAAAUUAUGUCAAAUAAUCAUAUUUAUAUAUGGUUACAAUCAAAUGUCUGCAAAAACUUGCUUGACCAGUCUUCCAAUGCAAGUUAUUUGUCGAAUGAGAAAAACAAUGUUUCAUUUUUUUCCGGAUUAAAUUCAUAUUAAUAAUAACUCAGAAUAACCUGCUAAAAUAUUUAAUGGUGCAGUCAUAGUUCAAACCCAUUUAAAUUUAAGUUGCAAUAAAUAAUACUAUUAUUCAAUAUUUAUAUAACAGUAUUUGCAGAAAAGUACUUAGUAUGAGCAAGUAAACAAAGUAUAAUUUUUUAAACUUCAUCUUUGACUGCAUUUUUUUUUCAAUGAUAGAGUUGUACUGUAUGUAAUUUCUAAAUAAAUAUAUUUGAAAAUUCACUGUAGAAUGUGGGCUUCCCAUCUGAAUA